AUGCGCCUGUCAGAUGAAACACUACGCCUAAAAGAUUCAUUAGCUGCUGAGAUUAGAAGUAGACGUCAGCAAAACAUACAAAUUCAAAAUCUGGUCAACUAUGUAAAUGAGAAAUUCCUGGGUAUUGUUAAUAAGUGGCAGCCAACUUUAGAUAAUCUACAAAUAAGUCCAACUUCUGAGGUUUGCGAUUUGAGUGAACUUGUCCACAGAACUGUUCAGUCGGUAAAUAAGUUGGAGUAUCAAAACACCAAGCUAUCACAUCUGUUUCGCAUACUGCACAAAGAUCUUAUCGAUUUACAAGCCAAGUUACAAGAGGAACCGAUAAAAAAUGAACAAAUAUCUUUCGACAGGGAUACCAAGGACUCAAUGAAGUUUCGCACACUAGCAGAAUGUAUUCUAGUUGUGAAAAUCAGCCUUCAAAUGAAAAUAAGUAGAUUGGAGAAAAAGGUAAAUCUGGAACGUGGAAUUAUUUGUGAGCAGAUUAUGAAACUGGAUGAAAUUUGUGAUCGUUUGAAAUCAAAAACAGCCAGUUGA